AUGCUGCUAGAACUGGGAUCCAAUAUUAUGUCGUUGUAUGAGUAUGUAUUGCAGAGAACGGACCACCGGUUGUUGCCCUACCCGUUGAUGCGGACCCCCUUCCAGAUGACCAGCAUCCUGUUGGGCUAUGUAUUCUUCUCGCUGUACGCAGGGCCUCGCCUGAUGGUACACCGCAAGCCCUAUCACCUCAAAACGGCCAUGAUCGUCUAUAACUUCAGCAUGGUGUUCCUGAACGCCUUCCUUGUCUAUGAGUUCCUGAUGUCAGGAUGGGGCACCACCUUUACCUGGAGAUGUGACCUUUGUGACUACUCAAGCAGCCCACAGGCUCUAAGGAUGGUUCGAGUGGCUUGGUGGUUUUACUUCUCUAAAUUCAUCGAGCUUCUGGACACAUUAUUCUUUGUUCUGCGUAAGAAACACAGCCAGAUUACAUUUCUUCAUGUCUUCCAUCACUCCUUCAUGCCCUUCACGUGGUGGUGGGGCAUGACCAUCGCUCCUGGGGGAAUGAGCUCGUUCCAUGCCAUGGUCAACGCAUGUGUCCACGUCAUCAUGUACACCUACUACGGCCUGUCUGCUGCAGGACCUCGCUUCCAGAAAUACCUCUGGUGGAAGAAGUACAUGACCGCAAUCCAGCUGAUCCAGUUUGUGCUGAUCUCACUUCACAUCUCUCAAUACUACUUCAUGGAGAAGUGUGACUUUCAGGUGCCCAUGUUUAUUCACCUCAUCUGGAUGUACGGAACCUUCUUCUUCGUACUCUUCUCUAACUUCUGGAUUCAGGCCUACAUAAAGGGUAAACGGCUGCCAACAGUAACCAAGGAGGCGAAGCUCAAGCAGAAUGGCGUUACUAAUGGUCAUACCAACGGCAUUACCAUUGGCAACAUUUCCGGGGUGCCCAACGGCAAACAAGUGGAGAAUGGCAAUGGGACAACAGCGCACCGUGUCAACGGCCAUAACCAACUAGGCAAAGUGAAGGAAGUCUAG